UUUUGGCCGUAUAAGGGCGUUUUUCGGAUGUUCGAAUCCCGGAUAAUCGUGGGGUUACAGUAUAAUGUUAUGGUAGGUGAUGCGUCAGAAGUGGAGGAUGGAUGGUGCUGCCCUCCCAAGCCUCUCGACAUUGACACCGACUCCCCAGAGGACCUUCCUCCACCGCCUCCGUCACCGCCACCCAAGAGAAUGCAGUCACUCAAUGCAGCAUUUUCGUACCGUGUGCUGGAACGCAAGUUUGGCGACGCUAAAGCACCAAGAGCCGAGUCACCUGCAAAGACUCAAGUGCAACCCAAGAAGGUGUCCAAAUUCAAAGCAUCAAAAAUGAAGAAAUAAAUUUGGGCAAUAAAUGCAGCAGUUGGUGUUGAAUGAAAUUACCUGAUGAGAAUAAAUAUACAGAACAUUAUAUGGAAACUUAAUUGCAUGUAUGUCUCCUAGUUUCACUCCAUAAAUUUAUUUAGAGUAGCAUGAGAUCACUAGUAGGGGCAUUAACCUUUUAAAGUUAUAUAUGAUGCAAGGAGUACAGCCACAGUUAAUAUAUACUAAUUUGACUAAUUUCAGCCUAGUUUUGGAAUAAUAUUGUCAAUAUGAGACACUUGAAAUAAUUCUUCAUAUUAAAAUAUUGACAUUUUUAUGCCAUCUUCUGCUACUGUAAGGUGACAUCAUUCCAGGUGAGAGAUGUUUAAGUAGUCUAAACCCUUGAUAGAAUGACGUAAUUAUCCUAGACACGGCAUAACCAUUAGUACCCCACCAUUCCCGCUUGUUCCUAGGGUGAAAUCGUCUUCUCACAGGUUGCGAAGGCGGAAUUUUAUCCUUACACGAUGUUUAUGUAAAACAAUAAAUCACUUAACUGUGUUGUCAAUUUAUCAUCCUGUGAAUACAUAUCAUAUCUUAC